AUGUCGAUCGUCGACCUCAAUGUGGAAGUUGAUAUCGACUCAGACGAAGAGCGGGUCCUCCUCAGGACUGCUCAGGACCGCUCUAUUUCCCAGCACCCGGUUAGUUGGGAGUUCGAAACAAGCUAUCUGGAGCUUAAAGUCCUCCCCGGGAACUUGGGGGCCGCCCCAUCGUCAGUCCACCACUAA